GAGCCCGCGCCCAGAGCGGCGGCGGGCCGGGCCUGCGCGGCCGUUGGCGGAGGAGCCGCGGGCGCCAUUAGCGCCGCCUCGGCCGCGCCGGCCCCCGCGCCCGCCGCCCGGCUCCCGCGGCCGCGGCCCCGAAGGGAGUCAGUACCAAAUGAGGAGGAAAGGCCGAGGUCAUCGCGCUGCAGCGAGGCACCCUUCCUCCCCCGGCAGCACUAAGCACUCCCCCACGCGAGAGACGCUGACCUACGCGCAAGCGCAGAGGAUGGUGGAGAUCGAGAUCGAGGGCCGCCUGCACAGGAUCAGUAUCUUCGACCCUCUGGAGAUCAUAUUAGAAGAUGACCUCACUGCUCAGGAGAUGAGCGAGUGCAACAGCAACAAAGAGAACAGCGAGAGGCCGCCCGUGUGCUUAAGAACUAAGCGGCACAAGAACAACAGGGUCAAGAAGAAAAACGAAGCCCCGCCCGGCGCCCACGGCGCCCCCGCCUCGGCCGGCACGCUCCCCGAGCCCACGGUGCGCGUGGUGGAGUACAGCCCGCCGGCGGCGCCCCGGCGGCCGCCCGCGUACUACAAGUUCGUGGAGAAGUCGGCGGCGGAGCUGGACCACGAGGUGGAGUACGACAUGGACGAGGAGGACUACGCCUGGCUGGAGAUCGUCAACGAGCGGCGCAGGGGCGACUGCGUGGCUGCCGUGUCGCAGAGCGUGUUCGAGUUCCUGAUGGACCGCUUCGAGAAGGCGUCGCACUGCGAGAAGCAGAAGCAGGGCGGGCAGCAGUGCCUGAUCGACGAGGACGCCGUGUGCUGCGUGUGCAUGGACGGCGAGUGCCAGAACAGCAACGCCAUCCUCUUCUGCGACAUGUGCAACCUGGCGGUGCACCAGGAGUGCUACGGCGUGCCCUACAUCCCCGAGGGCCAGUGGCUCUGCCGCCACUGCCUGCAGUCCCGGGCCCGGCCGGCGGACUGCGUGCUCUGCCCCAACAAGGGCGGCGCCUUCAAGAAGACGGACGAUGACCGCUGGGGCCACGUGGUGUGCGCCCUGUGGAUCCCCGAGGUUGGCUUCGCCAACACCGUGUUCAUCGAGCCCAUCGAUGGCGUGCGGAACAUCCCCCCCGCCCGCUGGAAGCUGACAUGCUACCUCUGCAAGCAGAAGGGCGUGGGCGCCUGCAUCCAGUGCCACAAGGCCAACUGCUACACCGCCUUCCACGUGACGUGCGCCCAGCGGGCCGGCCUCUACAUGAAGAUGGAGCCCGUGAAGGAGCUGGCCGGCGGUGCCGCCACCUUCUCCGUCAGGAAGACUGCGUACUGUGACAUCCACACGCCCCCGGGCUGCACCCGGAGGCCCCUGAACAUUUACGGUGACGUUGAGGUGAAAAACGGCGUCUGCCGGAAGGAGAGCUCAGCCAAAACGGUCAGGUCCACGUCCAAGGUCAGGAAGAAAGCCAAGAAAGCCAAGAAGACGCUCCGGGAGCCCUGUGCGGCCCUGCCGCCUGUGUGUGCGCCCUACAUUCCCCCUCAGAGAUUAAACAGGAUUGCGAAUCAGGUGGCCAUUCAGCGGAAGAAGCAGUUUGUUGAGCGCGCCCACAGCUACUGGCUCCUCAAAAGGCUGUCGAGGAACGGGGCCCCCCUGCUGCGCAGACUGCAAGAGGCGUGGGCCUCAGUCAGGUCCUUCCAGCAGAGAGAAAACGACGAGGAGAUUCAAGCUGCUAAAGAGAAGCUGAAGUACUGGCAGCGGCUGCGGCACGACCUGGAGCGCGCGCGCCUGCUCAUUGAGCUCCUGCGCAAGCGCGAGAAGCUCAAGCGGGAGCAGGUGAAGGUGGAGCAGAUGGCCCUGGAGCUGCGGCUGACCCCGCUCACCGUGCUGCUGCGCUCCGUGCUGGACCAGCUGCAGGAGAAGGACCCGGCCCGGAUAUUUGCCCAGCCAGUGAGCCUGAAGGAGGUUCCGGAUUAUCUGGAUCACAUUAAACACCCUAUGGACUUUGCCACGAUGCGGAAGCGGUUAGAAGCGCAAGGGUACCGGACCCUCGGGGAGCUGGAGGAGGACUUUGACCUCAUCGUGGACAACUGCAUGAAGUACAACGCCAAGGACACGGUGUUCUACCGGGCGGCCGUGCGGCUGCGCGACCAGGGCGGCGUGGUGCUCCGGCAGGCCAGGCGCCAGGCAGACGGCGUCGGCUUCGAGCAGGCCUCAGGCAUGCACCUGCCCGAGCGGCCCCCCGCGGCCCCCCGGCGGCCUUUCUCCUGGGACGACGUGGACAGGUUGCUGAACCCGGCCAACAGGGCCCACCUGGUCCUGGAGGAGCAGCUGAGGGAGCUGCUGGACAUGCUGGACCUCACGUGCGCCAUGAAGUCCAGCGGGUCGCGGAGCAAGCGAGCCAAGCUGCUGAAGAAGGAGAUCGCCGUCCUUCGCAACAAGCUGAGCCAGCAGCACAGCCAGCCCCCGGCCGCCGAGUCAGGUACUGCAGGCUUUGAAGAGGACGGUGCUCAGCUGGGGCAGGAGACCGGGGAGGAAGUCCUUCCGAGGUUGGAGACUCUUCUGCAGCCAAGAAAAAGGUCGCGAAGCACCUGCGGCGACUCCGAGGUGGAGGAGGGGUCCCCGGGAAAGCGCCUGGACACAGGUCUCGCCAACGGCUUCGGGGCCGCGCGCAGCGAGCAGGAGGAGCGGCCGGGCGGCGCCCCGGGGAGGACGGCCGCGCCCCGCCGCCGCUGCGCCUCCGAGUCCAGCGCCUCCUCCAGCAGCAGCCCGCUCUGCGACGCCAGCUUUAGCGCGCCCCCGUGCGGCCGGGGCAAGCCCGCCCUGGUCCGCAGGCACACGCUGGAGGACCGCAGCGCGCUGAUCUCCUGCAUCGAGAACGGGAACUACGCCAAGGCAGCCCGGAUCGCGGCCGAAGUUGGUCAGAACAGCAUGUGGAUUUCAACUGACGCUGCGGCCUCCGUCCUUGAGCCCCUGAAGGUCGUGUGGGCCAAGUGCAGCGGCUACCCCUCGUACCCGGCCCUGAUCAUCGACCCCAAGAUGCCGCGUGUGCCUGGCCACCACAACGGGGUCACCAUCCCGGCCCCGCCGCUGGACGUGCUGAAGAUCGGUGAGCACAUGCAGACCAAGGCGGACGAAAAGCUCUUCCUUGUCCUGUUCUUCGACAACAAGAGAAGCUGGCAGUGGCUCCCGAAGUCCAAGAUGGUUCCCCUCGGCAUUGACGAGACGAUAGACAAGUUGAAGAUGAUGGAGGGGAGGAACUCCAGCAUCCGGAAGGCGGUGAGGAUCGCCUUCGACCGCGCCAUGAACCACCUGAGCCGCGUGCACGGGGAGCCGGCCAGCGACCUCAGCGACAUAGACUGACGCGGCCGUGGCCUUGUCCAUAGUGUCGAUACGCUGUACAUACUGUAUAUUGUUCACCACUUAAUUUAUUCUGAUUUUUAGGUGUAGUUUAAUUCUUUCUCCCAGGGAGGGGGAGGUUUUAUUUCCCAGUUUUCUAUGAAAUCAUCCCCGUCUGGGCGCUCUGUGAAUGGCGUGGGCGCGUCCCCGGAGUGCAGCUCUGUGCCCCUCACAGGUCACUCCAGAGGGCGCUGCCGGCGUCACUUUCUUUGAUCUGUAGCUGGUUUUUUUCUUGUUUUUUUAUUUUUAAAGACUUUUGAAUGUUUAAUAAUUUUGUAAAUCAUACUCUUUACACAGAGUACCACUUAUUUAAUAGAUGGGAUGUAAAUUUACAAUGACAAAUGUGUAUUUUAAGAAAAUGACAUUAUUUUGAAUGGUACUUUGUGGAAAGAGGUGGAGAAUAAAUUUAUGCCGCGUGCAUCACUUGCAAAUCACCAAAAACACUCCGCCGCCCCCGUGAGGGCUGGGGCAGGCGCCUCCCCUGGGCCUCGCCAGCCUCGACCACUCGCCAGCCUCCGCCUGUCCGCUCCAGCCUCCCACGGGUGUGCCUCCCAGCGGAUUAUUUAUUGUAGAAAGUGUAUUCAUUUGCUUUAUAAUGAAAGAUAAAUUUGCAGAAGUAUAUUGAUAUGCAUUUUUAUACAGGCACAUAAAAAUUCAACUUGCUUUGGGAGCAGGAUGUGUUGGUUGUAUAAAUGACUCUGGCUGUGUGUUCUUUGAUUUUGUAACUUGUAAUCUUUUGUUUACAAUGAGGGGCUUUCUGUAACUUGUUUAAUUUAGAACACUUUGGUAGCAAUAGAAACUUUGGAUACAUUUUUGUAUGGUACACGUGAUGUAUAUAGAAUUAGUACUUUAUUUUUAUUUUUAAGAGGUAAAGCAUUAUGUUAGGGGAAAAGGUAGGGUGGGUUUCCAAAGUUGCAUUUUUUAUAUUAAAAAAUAAAGUCAAGAUGUGGAUGGUGUGUCCCUUUCAUUCCUGCAUCAUCAGAGCGCCGGUGGGCGUGCGGCCUGGCGGCCGGGCGGGGGCGGGGCGGGGGUCCCUGCAGCCGAGGCACGCGACACACCUUCAUCUCAAAAAGUGUCACGGGAUGUCAUUAUUUAUUAUUUUACCUGAUCAUAUUUUUAUUUUAAAAUGGUAGUUUAAAAUUUUUUAAUGUUUUUUUCUUUUCAGUCUGCAUCGUUUGUAACAUCUCCAUAGAAACCUGAAAAUAAAACAUCUUCCUUUGA